AUGCAGCCCGCUGGGGAGGCACCCCGCUCGCGGCCUCCGCGCUCGCUGGCGCUCCUCGCCAACUCGCCGAGCGCCACCUUCACCGACUUCGACGACCCCACCGUGACCGUUGUGGACCUGGAGGACAACGGCAAGGGGGCCCUGAUCGCCUCGCUGGAGCACCUGCGGUUCAAGGGCCUGUUCCGGCGCGUCACGUGCCUGGCGCUCCGGCUGUCCGUGCGGCCCGCAGGUGCCUGCGGGGGGCCGGGCGGCGAGGCGGAGCCGGGCGGCGACGGGGCCGAGGUGUACUUCAAUGACAUUGCGCUCUUCGGCGUGCCGAGCGACGCUGGCGCAUCGGCCGCCCGGAGGAGCGCGAUGUGGGACGAGCGCGCCAACCUGAUCGUCAGCCCCGCGAUGCACAAGCGGCGCUGGGGCGAGGAGGUUGAGGACGGCGGCGACGGCGAGGACGCCGCGCCCGCCCGCGUCGCCGCGCCCCGGCUUGAGGGCCCUGCGCACGGAGAGGGCGCCGGCCGUCCCGGCGCCGCUGGCCCCGCCGCCCCGGCCGCUGCCGGAGAGCCAGCGCUGCCCGCGGCGCGGCCCUUCCCCAACUUGCCAGCAGACGACCGCCGCCGCCGACAUGGCGCUCCAGGUCCUCCCCCCUUCGAGGAGAGACGGCUGACCGGCGCAGCACUGGGUUCCAGGCGGGCCUCGAUCGAGGCCGGGCGCGAGGGAGAGAGCCACGCCGGAGAAUAUGAGGCUGUGUCUCGCGUGAUGUCGUUGCCGUGGGUGUACUGGAAGAGACUGCUGAUUGGCGAGGCGGGCAGGAUCGAGGCCCUGGGCUCGGGCGGCUCUGUGGCCAGUGACGUGCGAAGUGUGGCCCACGGGCAGAGCCAGGUCGUCUUCGUGGUGGGCCUACAGCGGGCUCGCGAUGGCAUGACGAGUGCUAUCCUACGCUCCACGGGAAGGGGGUGCGAAGUGAAGUCUCUCACUGUGUGGGGGAAGUUGAGCAAGGAUCGCUACCAUGAUGGCCAGUUGUCCAAUUCAUUGGGCGCAAUGACUAGAGCGCACUUCAUUAUAGACUAUUACAAAGGAGAUUCGUACAUGCCUGAUAGCGAGGCGGCCACCUGCAUGGUGGAGACGAACCGGUUCUUACGAACGCCAUCGCAGGUCGCGAGCACGCCGUUCACCCCAGCCCCCAGGUUGCACUUGAUGUGGCGCAUGUCUUUCAAAGCAAAGUACUUCAGCAUCCGCAGGGGUGCAAGGUUUAUAGGCGGCAUGACCGCACAGGGUGUGCGCGUGUCACCGCUGCGCUGGAAAGGCCGCUGCGGCCAGGCCGGGGCUCUCGCCGCCGACGCCGUCGCCGACGAUGGCUCGAAGAUGGCUCCAGAGGCGCAGGGCCGCGGCCAGCUCGGCCCGAGGGGCAUCCAGCGGCAGCCUUCGACAGGCCCUGUUCCGCAGGACCAGUUCCACAUGGCCAGGUGCCGCAGGACCGGUUCCACAGGACAGGUGCCGCCCUUCCCCCGCCCUUCGGCCGAGGCCGAGCUCGGCGAGGCGAUGCGCAAGGCAGCGCUUGUGCCUGGCCAUUGCACCGAAGGUCCCCUGGGCAGAUGCCCUGCGAGGCAGGCCGACCGGCCGAUCCACGGCACCCUGGAGCAGCUGUCUGGGCAGCUGUCCCGCCGCGGCGGGGCCCCCGGGCACAUGGCGCGGCUCCGCGGCCUGGCGGUGGUCCUGGCCGCCGCGGCCUGCCUCGCUGCCGUCGUGGACUGGCUCGACCCGCGGGGGCGGGCCGCGGGGGGCCAGGAUCCGGGGCGGCCCGGAGGGAGGAGGACGCGGGCGCUGGCGGCCGGAGGGGUGCCAGUGUGCAGGAGCGCGGCGAGGGCAGGGCGGCCAGGAGGCGGCGGAAUGGGAGCGCCGAGGAGGCCAGGAGGAGGAGGAGGCGGGGAGACGGCCAGGAGGCGGCCGCCAAGAUGGAGCGCGGCAAAGAGGCCAGGAGGAGGCGGCGGGCAAAGCCGGCGUGAGGCGGCCAGGAGGCCGCCGAGGCCGCCAGGAGGAGCGCGGCGGGUGGCGCUGGAGAGCGGCAUGGUCGCCACUCCGAGCGCCGCGAGGACCGAAAAGGCGGUCGAGGCGGGGUGGAAUCGGCAGUGUAGCCACCGUGUUGGCGAAGUUGGCCAGGACCAUCAUCGAGGACUCGCGCACGGCCAUGCUGGUUCGCUGCGAGGGUGGCAGCGACUCGUCGGGCGGAGGGGCCAGGACUUGCCAUCGUGGUUUUGCUUUCUGGCCGGGUUUUGCGUCGCAUUGUGUACUGAUUGUGGCUUCCCAUUCUGUACAGAUGGUUUGAUUUAUAAUCCAUUCAGCCUGACCGAGUGGGCUGUCGUCGACAAACUCCUUGGUUUCGGCGACUUGCAGGUAAGUGCCAGCCAGCGCUGA